AUGUCUGUAUCGGCUGGCACAUCAUCCUCGGACAUGGAAAAGAUAGAUGUCGCCUCUGCUCCUGUUACCAUUUUCAAAAAAUUGCAUCCCGUCGAAUACCUGGAGAGACACUUGAAAGAGCGUAUUCGCGAGGACGGACGCACUCUUGAUCAGUUACGCAGUGUCUCUGUAGCGACCGGCACACUUUCCCAGCCAUUCGGCAGUGCACUCGUACGUUUGGGAGAGGGAACUUUAGUUACGGCAUCGGUAACCGCCAGAAUUGCACAUCCGACUCUUGAAAGACCGAAUGAAGGAUUUCUCAUCCCUAGUGUGGAUCUUUCAUCAUUAUGCUCACCACUGUACAACGCGGGCCCACCUGAAGAAGAGGGCCAAGUUCUGACACAUAAUUUACAAAUGUUUCUCAACAAUUCUGGCAUAUUGCCACGCUCUGCGCUUUGCAUCGAAAAGGGAUUGGCUGUAUGGGCCAUUUACGUGGACGUGGUAUGCGUGAGUGCAGAAGGCAGUGUGUUGGAUGCCGCUGCGCUUGCAACUGUUGCUGCAUUACACGAUUGUCAGCUCCCACGCAUCGAUCGUUUUGUAAAUUCGAGUCAGGCCAUUUUCGACCCGGAUACGAAAGAGCGCUUGCCACUCAUGAAUUUGCCGAUUUUCAUGACGCUUGGCAUGUAUGAAUCUACAUACGUGCUAGCUGAUUUGACAGCAUUUGAAGAAUCUCUUUGCACUGGAAGCAUUCAGGUGGGUCUCGUCGAUGUGAAUAAUGAAGUAAAUGAUCCAGAUAUCGCAAAGUAUGAUGUAUUUUGGCUCAAAGUUCUUGGCCCUUGUACAACAAAGCAUCCGCAGCCAUUAGAGAACGAGGCACUCAUUGAAUGGUGCAUAGAGAAAGCUCAAAAACGUGCUCAGAAACUGCGUAAACUAAUAAAGGAUGCUCUCCAAAAACGUGCCUAG